UGCCGGCCAAUCGAGUUGAAGUUUCUUACAGGUGUGGGCGGGGAGAGCGGGUAACUAUGGAAGUGAUAUCACCCGCCCCCUGACAACCAUACCGUCGCUUGGAAACGGGCGAAGCUGGUUCGAGUGCGGUAAAGCUGCAGGUCCGUCCGCUUCAGGCAUAAUCCGGUUGCAAUCACAGCAAGACGGGAAUGAAGAAAGUUGCUGCCGUAGUAGCGUUAUCUAAAGUUGGAGGAAGUACGAAGCAACAGUCUAUACAUGGCAGCAUCGGAAACAUAGGCAGUAAGCACAGCCAAAAGAACUCAUUGAGCUUUCUGGGAUCAAGUGGUCGCCCAAGGAUAAGUCUACAAGCAGACAAAUUCAUAGAUAAAGGUUAUAGUGCAGGUGGAUGGCAUGUAACACAGAUAUUUGAUGAGAAUGGAAAAGAUGUCACUCCUCGUCCUCUCAUCCUCUUGGAUCCCAAUUUUAUACAAACCAAGCAAAGUAAAGCUUUCUCCUCGCAAGAACUUUCAUCUUCUGACUAUGCCUUCAGUGGUACUGUUUACCAGACGGCAGCAAAUGUUAGUUAUGGUGGACCCUUUACCAGGUCUACUUUUGACAGUGGUAGUGUCUCCCGAUCAAGUCGUACAAUUUCAGAUUCAAUGGAUGAUAUUGGUGACAAUAGUGUUCAGCAUGACGCUACAGGUGUACAAUAUGACCAAAUGUGGAGAGAGAACGUAAGAGAGCAACUGACAGAUGAUGACCUUAAUAAGAUUGUUGAUGUGCACCUGACAGCGACGGAAAUGUAUAACUUCCUGGAGCUUCCAGCUGAAAUGAUUUCAGUGGAUUCAAAGGAAGCAGAAGCUGUCAUGAAAAGAAAUGCAUUAUAUAUUGAAAUCUGCAAAGAGCGAGUUGGCAAUGAUCGCUACAUUGAAAGGAUGGCACAAACAUUCACUGGAGCACAAAAAGCUAAAGAUGUUCAGUGUGACAAAAUUAACACCAAAGAGAAAGCUGUUAUGGCAACAACAUGGGACCUAUAUGAUAGCGUUAAAGAAAGAGAACCACAUGAAGACUCUUCCUUCAGUAAAAUGAAACUGAAAAAGAAUUUGUCAAAACCACAGAUUAAUUUAGACAAAACACUCACUCGAACUUUAUCAGCUCUAAGUACUUUAGGAUUAGAAAGCAGAUCCACUUCAUCUGGGGACUCAGAAAGUUUUGUCACAGUCCAAGCCGUGGAAGAAACGGAGCAGGACCUGGAAGAAAUUUUUAAGAAUGAGAAAUUGAAACAAGAUUUAUUUAUUAUGGAGCGUGUCAUUAUGGAGAAUAUUUUCCAGCCUAAGCUUGCUGCUUAUCGACAGCUACCUAUAAUACCUGAUCCAGAUGCAACACCUAAUGCUGAAGAAGAGGUGGUAGACACCAUAACGAUGUUGGAUAUGACGAGUCCAAGAUUGCAGCCACUCUGGGCCUUUACAUGUAGGCUCACCAAGGGACAUAACGUUAGCUGCAUGGUCUGGAACAAACACAAUUUGGACCUACUAGCAGUAGGUUAUGGAAGCUUUGGAUAUAAGGAACAAAAUGGAGGAUUGAUUUGCUGCUGGUCACUGAAAAAUCCAAUGUGGCCUGAGCGCGUCUAUCACUGUGAAAGUGGUGUUACAGCAUUGGAUUUCUCUUCGGAUAGCCCCAAUCUGCUGGCAGUUGGCUUCUACAAUGGACUUGUGGCUAUCUACAAUGUACGCAACUCUGAAAAUGGAUUGCUUCUGGACAGCAGUAAUGAUAUGAAUAAGCACAUUGGCCCUGUCUGGCAACUGAAGUGGACUGAACAGGAUAGAAAUUCCAAAGGGGAUGAAAAGGAAGGGACAUUGUUCUCUAUUGCUGCAGAUGGUAGGAUUGCCAAAUGGACUCUUGCAAAAGGACUGGAAUCAUCCGAUUUAAUGAGGAUAAAACGAACAAGUGUACAGACAUCUAAAAAAAUUAUUACUGAUAAAGAAAAGAAGAGUGAAGCAUCCAUAUCUCGCCAAGCGCCAGGAAUGUGUUUUGAUUUCCACCCAAAGGAAACUAAUAUUUAUCUGGCUGGGACAGAAGAAGGUUACAUUCAUAAAUGCUCAUGUUCCUAUAAUGAACAGUUCUUAGAAACAUAUGGAGUUCACAAGGGUCCUGUGUAUAAAAUAGCAUGGUCACCAUUUUCUCAUGAUACUUUUCUGAGCUGCUCUUCUGACUGGUCCAUUCAUUUAUGGAGUCAGGAAAUAGUGCGACCAGUUCUGCGCUUUACUACCACUGUUACAAAGGCAGUGCACAGCAUCACGUGGUCACCAAAAUCAGCUACUGUGUUUGGAGCAGUUAAUGAGGACAGAGUGGAAAUCUGGGACCUUUCAGUUAACAUAUUGGAUCCUAUUAUUAUCUACCCAGCCACGGAAGGAAUAAGUUUGACUACCAUACUCUUUGCUAAAAACACGGAUUGCGUUCUCGUUGGUGACAGCAAUGGACAGGUCACAGUAUACCAGCUCAAUAAUAUGUCUCCAAAUGAAGAAACCCUAUCCGUACUAAAUAACAUCAUUAUGAUAACACUGGCCAGCCAAUUGGUUAGUGAGUCUCACACAAUGGAAGAACGCAUUAGUAACAUAUGCAACACUUCUGGUUAAUUAAUUUUAUGUUUAAUACAAUUGUUAAUUUCAUGAUUUUGUACAUUUUUGCUCCUAUUAAAUAAUGUGAAAAUUUGAUUGUAUUGCUUGAACUAUUUUCAUCAUACACUAAAUAUCUUGCAUUCUCCAAGCAUAUUAAGCAAUUUCAUUUUGAUUUAACCCUCAAAUGAUUGUAAUAUUUUAUUCUGGAAAAGAAGAAGGUUUAAAAAUGGUUCAUUGGUAUAAAGAAC